GCGGCUCCAUGUGUCCACCUUCCCCCUGACUGAUGAUGACCGGCCGGGAGGACCUUGGAGAGGAGAAGCCAAGAGUGAAGAUGCUUUCCCCGGGCUUUGGGAUUGAUAAGUCCCGGCUGCACGGCUCCGGGUUCCGCUCCAAAGGCUUCGCCAUCACGGACCUGCUGGGCCUGGAGUCGGACCUGCAGGCCCGGCAGCAGCCCGGCGGGGGCCCCGUGUCGGGCCUGUCUGCGGCGGGCUCCGGGCCCGUGGCGGAGCCGCAGGGGCCAGGCGGCGGGCUGGGCGGCUUCUCCUUCCCGGGAGGGUCGCUGCCGCUCGGCCUCGGCUUCCUGUGCAGCCUCGCGGCGCAGCAGCCCGCCGGAGCUCCGUGCUUCCUGCCGGGACACCUGCCGCUGCUGCAGGCCCGGGCCGACAGCCACUACCUGCAGAACCUGGAGGCCCAGAGGGACGCCUACUCCGAUGAAGAGUGUCUGUCGGACAGAAAUGACUCUAAAAGUUCUGGAAACUCUCAGAAGAGGAAGAAGCGGAGACACCGGACGGUGUUCACGUCCCACCAGCUGGAGGAACUGGAGAAAGCGUUCCAUGAAGCUCAUUAUCCAGAUGUUUACGCCCGAGAGAUGCUGGCCAUGAAGACAGAGCUGCCCGAGGACAGGAUACAGGUGUGGUUCCAAAACCGCAGGGCCAAGUGGAGGAAGCGUGAGAAGUGCUGGGGCCGCAGCAGCGUGAUGGCGGAAUACGGUCUGUACGGAGCCAUGGUCCGCCACUCCAUCCCCCUCCCAGAGUCCAUCCUCAACUCAGCCAAGAACGGCAUGAUGGGAAGCUGUGCCCCCUGGCUGCUCGGUGAGCCGCAUGCACGGAUGCACAAGAAGUCUCUGGAAAUGUCCAAGAAGUGUUCGAGUCCUCCGGCGUCUGACUGCACUCGCUCUGACUCGUUCUGUGACGCCUCGGAGCGGCACAGCGGCGGUGAGGCCCGGGAGGAGGAGGAGCUGCUGGAGGAGGAGGAGAUGGAGGAGGAGGUGGAGGAGGAGGUGGCCAUUGACCUAUCCAGCUCCUCCAAACAGCAGCAGCAGCAGGAGGAGGGCAGGGCCUCGGCAAGGACCGCCUCCUCUCCACGACGACAGAGUGGCAGCGAAUCAGACAGCUGAAGGUGGGAGGAGCCUGAUGCUGUCUGAGUGAGGACAGUGGUCUGGAAGCACUGACAUUUGAUUGGCUCUUCUCUCAGGGAGCACAGCCAAUGAACAAACAGCUGUUACAUCACUUAUUACUAUGCAAAGUUUUCCUAUGAUUACAUAGACUGAUAUUAUCAUGCGAACAGCAUGUAGAGAAAAUAUAUUAUCAUGCUAACACCUUUAGCACAUACAUGAUCAGAGCUUUCAUACUCAAACAUUAACUUCAUAACAGUGUAGUUUACCUUCCUCUGCCUGGGUGGCGCUGUUGUGCCAAGUUGUUGCCUACCUUUAAAUUAAAAUGCUUCAGUGCUUAUGGAUGCUACCAUGCUAAAUAUAUACCAUCAUGCUAACAAUAUAGGAAUACUGCUAAUAAAUGUUAGCAGGCCAAAGUGGGAGUUAUUUACCACGUUAACAUUUGCACUAUGCUAACAUUCAAAAACUAUGCUACAAUAUAAGCUAGUAGCCAAUAUAUUGCUACCCAUAAUAUAUUUUUAGCUAACAUGCUAAGAGCUAUAGACUAAUGAAUGCUACUAAAUUAGCGUAACAGCUAUUUACUACUUGGGCAAAACAAGAUGUUUAGCAUGCUAAUACAUGUCCGAAUGCUAAUGGUGUGUUAGCUUUGUUAGUUUUCUAACACACAAGUACAUUCCAGCUGAUUGAAACCGGUGACACACGUGUUUUUUAUGUUUUGAGUUGCUCCUGAAUGAUGGAGCAGUUUGAUUGUGCUAGCUGUGCUCCCAGGAUGCUAAGGAUGCUAACAGCUAGCUGUGCUCCCAGGAUGCUAAGGAUGCUAACAGCGCUGAUGUAAAUGAUGUCUCUGUCUGUGUUUAUUGUAUUGUAACGAGAGUUCGUUUUAUAUCUACGUUGUUUUUUUUAAAAAGAGGCUAUUUAAUAUUUAUUCCUGUUGGUUUCUGUGUGUUUUAUAGUUGGACUGAGCAGCUUGUCCGUGGAUGAAUGUAAUUUUAAUGUAAUAUUUAAAAAUGCUACUUAUUAUUGUCAUUAUUAUAAUAUGUAUGUACAGCAGGACAUUCUGCAGUAAAAACGUAUUUUUGGAA